AUGAGCCAUACCGACCCUCUAUUGUUUCCAGUCGAUCCCAGACUAUUUGGAUCAACAUCAACCUCGCCGAAGCCCACUGGACAAGCAGCCCAUCCGCCAGAGACACAGCCCUUUGCACCCCCCAGCAGCAUCAAGCCAUCGCAGAAGAAACGACCAAGCGAGACCCUCAAGACCCCACAAUCACAGUCAAAGAAGACCUCUGCCUCAACGAUGUCGUUCAAAGAAAGGAAGAAGGCUGCGUCAGAAUCCGAUCACGACGAGUCCGCUCCGGAAGAAUCUGAAAACGAAGAAACCCCGAGCAAGAAGCGCUACCAUCACUGGACAAACGACCAGAAGAUAUCACUCCUGACGUUCAUCAUCAAUCAGAUUCAACUCGCCGAGCAACUGUUUGGCAGAACAAUCUCCGCGACCGGGUACACUCCUUCAAGACCCGAAGAAGUCCCCCCACAAGCUGCCCAAUUCGAAAGAGUAUCAACGGAUCAGUCGCCUGCUUCAAUCAAUUGCCGAAACUCAAAGAAGUUUUACAAAAUGCAAGAUACGCCCACGUCCGACAAUGCUCGUCUUGAGACUGUUCCUCAAACCAUCACUUGUACUGCAUCCCCCAACCGCGUGAGAUUACCCGAUUAUGAAAUUUCGAAGAGCGAAGUGGAUGAUCUAGUUGACGUUCUUCGCGCGACUCACGGCAACGACGACAUCAAGUCGGUGUCCCCGAAUACCGGUGUGAGCGUCAAAGACGAAGGCCCCUCAGCAAAAGUCAGUGUGCGGGGCGAAGCACUGAAACUGCUCUCCUCGAUGUUUCUCGACCACAUUUCAACCGAAGAAUACGUCCGAUUUGUCAAGGUCUUGCAGUCUGAGUCAAAUGCAGAGCUUUUCAUUUCUUUGGCUUCUACAUCCAAUGUCUCUGUUUGUAAGGCCUGGCUUGCAGCAAGUGGUUAA